AGCGUCUAACAGACAGACGGACAUUCAGAUAGUGUGUGCAGGGAGCCCAGAGGGGCUGUCGGGUGAGCUACUUGAAGCAAAAGCGCUUGGAGCACCAAUAAAGCAAAUAGCAUGUACUUGACAAGGGCCCAAGGAGAAAGAGAGAAGCAGCUGUUGGAGGAGGAGAGUCAGACAAAGACGGAGUAAGGGGCUGUCCUUACUUGCUCCUCACUGGGAGGACUGUUAGUGGGAGGAGGCAAGACAAGAGGGAGAGCAGGAGCAAGCAGAGGGGGACAAGAGAAGGAAAAAAGAGGAGUAAGCAGUCUGUUCGGAAUGUAAAGAGAUCAGACAGAGAUCUGAAGUUCUUGUAGUUUCCUAGCCUCCGCUGUGCUGCUCACCCUGAGCUGAGGGACCAUGCUGCAGGGUUGGACUCCUCCUGGGCUCUGGGCUCUCCUGCUGUGGCUGCCGGGGCUCCUGGCGUCAGGCUCGGACUUCAAGCAUCACCGAUACGAGGAGAUGGUGCGGGCGCUGUUUGCGGUGCAGAAUGAGUGUCCUUAUAUCACCCGCAUCUAUAGUAUUGGGCAGAGCGUGGAGGGACGCCACCUUUAUGUGCUGGAGUUCAGCGACAACCCAGGCAUCCAUGAAGCAUUGGAGCCGGAGUUCAAGUACGUGGGCAACAUGCACGGCAACGAGGUGCUCGGCCGUGAGCUCCUCAUCAAGCUCGCCCAGUUUCUGUGUGAGGAGUAUCAGGCGAGGAACCAGCGGAUCACGAGGCUAAUCCACGACACUCGCAUCCACAUCCUGCCCUCCAUGAAUCCUGACGGCUAUGAAGUGGCCGCCAGACAGGGUCCGGAGUUCAACGGCUAUCUGGUAGGUCGAGGGAAUGCCAGAGAAAUUGAUCUGAACCGGAACUUUCCAGACCUGAAUGCACUCAUGUACUACUAUGAGAAAAACAAUGGACGAAACCACCACCUGCCUCUGCCAGACAACUGGGAGCAGCAGGUUGAACCAGAGACCUUAGCAGUCAUUAAGUGGAUGCAAAGCUACAAUUUUGUCUUAUCAGCCAACCUCCACGGUGGAGCCGUGGUGGCCAAUUACCCGUUUGACAAAUCCAGAUACCCUCGCAUUAGAGGACGCACGACACAUGCGGACACUCCCGACGACAAGCUCUUCCGGAAGUUGGCGAGGACCUACUCGUAUGCUCACAGCUGGAUGCACAAAGGCUGGAACUGUGGAGACUUUUUUGAUGAAGGCAUCACCAACGGGGCCAGCUGGUACUCUCUGUCCAAAGGCAUGCAGGACUUUAACUACCUGUACACCAACUGCUUUGAGAUAACUCUGGAGCUGAGCUGCAAUAAGUUUCCCCCUGAAUCUACACUGCCCGGAGAAUGGAUGGCCAACAGAGAAGCUCUGGUUUCAUAUAUUGAGCAGGUGCAUCAUGGGAUAAAAGGCAUGGUGUAUGAUGAAAACAACAACCCCAUCCGCAAAGCUGAAAUCUCAGUGGCUGGAAUCAACCAUGAUGUGACAAGUGGGGUGGAUGGCGACUAUUUCAGACUUUUGUUACCAGGCACCUACACGGUGACAGCCUCUGCACCGGGUUACCUCCCCUCCACCAGCACCGUCACAGUGGGACCAGCUGAGGCCAUUCAGCUUCAUUUUUACUUGAAAAAGGCCAAGAAGCAAAACUUGAAACAGAAGCCCCACAAAAGCAAGAGGAACCUCUCAUCCCACAAAACCUCUCUGAAGCUGAGCCCCAGAUGAGACACAGACUUUAAAACUACAUGCAGAAAAACAUGCACACACUCAUAGUCUCAUAUAAAACAUAUACUUUAUACCAGCUUCACUUGAACAACAUAACGACAUUCCUUUUGUAGCUUUUAGGAUUCAUCAAGCUCUCGUGGUUUUUGCUGAUGACCCUUAAAUGCGUGUCUUUAUUAAGAAAUUGUUGCAAGCCUGUUGUAUUUAUGUAUCAUUUUUGGCUAUGUAUGAUCUCAGCUGACCGGUAUGUUACUAUUUUUUUUCCACUGUAUUAAUUUGAUGAACAAUAAAUGAAUGUUUUGACCACCA